AUGGCACCUACGAACAGAAGCAGUGCAUCCAAUGAGCAGCAACAUGCAUCUCAGCCCAGCCUCCAAGUCCCUGCGACUCCAAACAGGCACGACUCCGUUGCUCCGAAUCAUUCCGAAGAGCACUAUUCACAGGACAUGAAAGAUUCCCUCCGCAGUCUUCGCAGAGCUCGAGAGGCGAGCGGGGAGAAUGACGGAGACCUCCAAGAGCACGUGAACGGUAUUCUGGCAGAAGUCGCCCUCAUCGGGCCUCUCCUGGAGUCGAGUCGCCAGCACAACGCGAGACAAGCUGCGCUGAUCGAGCAGUACGUCGAACAGGUGGCUGCCUUGAACGAGGACGCCCAGCGCAAAGACGUCGAACUGGCAGCCAUGGCCCCACAGCUGCAGAACAGAGACGAAGAGUUACAACGGCGCAUCGAAGACCUGCAGCUCGAUAACCAAGCCAAAGCCGCCAGAAUCCAGGAAUUCGAAAGCAAAAUUGCAAGGCAAGCUGCGCUGACCGAGGAGUACGCUCACAAGAUGGCUACCAUGAAAGAAGAGUCUCAGAGCAAAGACGGCGAACUAGCGGCCAUGGCGCAGAAGUUCCAUGACAGAGAGAGGGAGCUACUACACUGGAUCGAAGUGCUCCAGCUCGAGAACAGAACCGUGGUCGUCAGGAAUUAG